GGAACAAAGAAGAGAGGAAGGAGACUAUGGAUUUUGUGGACACGUUGAUGUCGAUUAUGGAGUCGGGCGAAGCUGGAUUCGAAUUCGAUCGACGCAAUGUCAAGGCUGUGCUAUUGGACUUGCUAGUAGCUGGAUUGGACACGUCAGCAACAGCGAUGGAGUGGACGCUAUCGGAAGUCAUCAACCACCCGUCCGUAACAAAGAAACUCCAAAUCGAAAUAGAAGAAACCGUCGGCAAAAACCAAUUAGUCGACGAGUCGCACCUCCCCCAUCUCAAGUACCUCGAUUACGUCGUCCGAGAAUCACUGAGGCUCCACCCCGUGGGGCCCUUGCUAAUCCACGAGUCAAUGGAAGACUGCGAGGUCAACGGGCUCCACAUACCGAAGAAAGCCCGUGUUCUGGUCAACGUGUGGGCCAUAGGGAGAGACCCUAACGUGUGGGCCGACCCGGAGAGAUUUUGGCCCGAUAGGUUUGUCGAAAGCCCGAAUGUGGAUUUACGAGGACGGGAUUUUCAGCUUAUACCGUUCGGAUCGGGAAGAAGGGGAUGCCCUGGAAUGCAGCUGGCGUUGACUAUAGUCCAGUUGGUGGUGGCGCAAUUGGUUCAUUGCUUCGAUUGGGAGAUUCCGGGUGGUGGUGACGUGGAUAUGGCCGAAGAGUUUGGUUUGGUGACCGGGCGGGCUAAGCAUCUUAUGGUUCGUCCUACUUAUCGAUUGAAUUAAUAAAUAAAAAUGGUAAAUUAAAA